AGUCUAUAUUACGUUACUGAUACACGCCAAAGCUGCAUGCUGCAACCUGCAAACACUUGCCAUUAAUAAAAAGGAAUAGGUAGCAGCGUAAUCAGAACCAUGAAUUACUUCUCCAUUUCCCUCCUUCUCAAAAUUCCCUUCCACCUCCAAUGGUACGACGUCGGAGAUCUGAACAACUUCCGUUUCCGGCAUCAACGGCGAGUCCCCGCAAACCCAGACGCUACAAUCUAGAGUACAAAGGGAACGAUGAUGACUCAUGGUACAGCGUAAGAAUCGUAAUAAAAGGCAAAAAAAUGACUGUCAAGUACAAAGGAUAUCCCAAGAAAUUUGACGUGGUUUUUGACUCUGGAGAGUUUAAGAGUAAGGAGGAAGUUGAUGAAAUGGUUCGGAGGUUUAGGUCUGUGUCGCCGCAACUGCAGGAUAGUGAAUGUGGUAGGCUUAAGGAAGGCAUGGUUGUUUGUGUGGGAUGUAAUGCUUUUGGUGGGGAAGAUAUGCUGUUCUACGACGCUGUUAUUGAAGCGAUACACAAUGUGGACCAUUCAUUUAGCAAUAGAGAGGAGUGUUUAUGCACCUUUGUGGUAUCUUGGCUUCACGGUCCAAAGAAAGGACAAUUAACCUCUACCAGAAUUGAAGGCAUGUGUAUCAUAGAAAGUGUUGCUCAAGUUGGUCCUAAAAUAGCUCCCUUCUUGAAAUUGGUGAACCAGAAUCUUGGAAAAUCGUCUUGUAUGUUGACUUCUGCUUCGAAGUAUGAGAUUUCUGCAUCUGAAGGAUCAUCUUGUGAAAAUGGAGGCAGUAAUUUGUCUAUUAUUUCAUCAUUUGAGGGAAUAAAUAGUGCAAAGAGUAUUGUUGAUGUGACAACAGGAGCAACAAACAGUAUAUAUAGCAGGCUUUGGGAAGAUGACAAAGAUCUUGGAGGUCAAUGUCAAAGUUACCAUCUUAUGCUUAUUGAAAACUUGGAGAGGAAUUUAUUACCAUCAUCAUUUAGGAAUUUUAUAUAUGAGCAUACUUCUGUUUCAGUGCAAGCAUACAUUUUACCAAGUCUGUCUAUGCCAUAUGCGAGAGGUAUUCUUGUGGUAGAUUCUGAAGAUACGCGUCAGAAGAUACUCCAGUUUUUGGAUAGUCUAACCCACCUCAUUGUGUCCUCAACUGGAAGGCCAUUGGUUAUAACUGAAAGAAAUUUAAGGCAUGGCAUGAUUAAGAUGUGGUCAGGAAGCUACGAACCUCAGGAUAUGUGUGUAGGAACAAGUUUGGACAAAGAUCUGAUGGUGGUCCAUUCAGGAACAGAAGCUUACGAAACAGCAAAGCAGUUGAAAGAUUUAUUUCAAGAGUUCACGAGUCAUCAACGAGAGCUCUAUAAGAAGUUCUCUGUGGAAGAAAUGACGAUUUUGCAGGAACAGCAACAACAACAGCUCAACCAGAUCACAGAUGUGUGAAAGUAUAUGUUUAAUGUAGUGGUAUAUUGCCCGUGCAUAUUUUGGAUGUUAGAAGCAUCAGGCUUUUUAUAUAUUCUAUCUUUCACCUCCCCUGAUUAAAAGCUAAAUCUGGUAAAGUCAUGUUACUGAACUUCAGAAUAUCUCUUUUAACAAGCUUGUUAUAUAUAUACCAGAUAUCUGAACCUGUGCAAGUACGGGCUCAAUAUAUGUUAUAUUUUCUUCUA